AGCUCCUCUGUCUCCACACUGACGUUACCUUGGCCUCUCUACAUUGCUACGCUGUAGAUGCAACAUGCUCGCCGAACCUACGGAAAGGCACUGCGGAUCGCCCAGCAUGCCCUCCGGAAAACGUCGCUGAAGCCCGCCUUGCCAUUCCGGCCAUGCUCGGGCCAGUACGUCGCGUCGUUCUCGACGAACUCGGGCGACAAGGAUGCUACCAAUCAAGACACACAAGAGCAGUCGAAGGAUGACAGCGGUGCUACGACGUCGUCAGAGGGGCCGAGGGUGGGCAGACUGGAUGAGAUGAAGCGGAAGCAGUGGACGUACACGUUGGAAGAAUUUGAAAAGUUACAGGAGAUCCUGCCAAGGGGUUCUAAUCAGCCACAGGACUACGCUGUGCUUGAUUCAGCUGCCGCACACUCUGGUACCACUGGCCUUUCACCCUUUGCACGCGGCGCUCGGACACAAGUACUCAACACGAAGGAUGUCCGGUUGGCUGAGGCCUUCGCGUCGAGCAUCGUUGGCGAAGAUCCGUCACCCCAACAAGGCGAGCGGGAUCAGCGAUCGGUCACAGUCGCUCAAGCCCUUCCGCCGUUCCCGGACAUACCACCUUAUUCGCGAGACGUCCUCACGGACGAGCAAGCCCAGACCUAUCUCGAUCCGUUGUACGGUCGAGGGUGGUAUGUCUCCUCCACUGCUGACGCGGAGGGCAACAAUGAAAAGGUUCUGACAAAAGCGGGAACGUUCAAGACCGAGGCCUCGGCUCAAACUUUCAUGCUUGACAUGCUGCGCGCUUGCCACAAGGAACUGACUGCUGCGAAGGAGCCAUUGAAGGCUAAGUCCUUAGCGGAGCAGCUUAUGAACGAGGUGGUGCACAGAGAGUCGAUCAACUCGCGGUUCAGGCUGACACGAAGUAUACUGUCACUCGAGAAGGGCAGAGCCUCACGUUCAAGACCUACACCGCGAACGCCGUUAUCCCAGGUGUUGCGACCGAGGCUCCCGAGCCGCAGUCCCAAUCCAGCGUCACCCUACAAGACGUCCGUCUGGCGCUUAUCAUCGAGCACAUGUGGGAGCUGCAAGACCGACUCGGCUUCACGAAGGUAGGUUCCUCGGAGCUCGCGCACGACCCCCGGUGGAACC